ACCACACCCAUCACAACUGUGGAACUACCUGGCAGUCGCAGCACAGCGGGAAUCACCAGCUCACGUGUGCAAGCACCUGGGCGUCCACUGGUCGAUACCUAAAGUCUUGUAA